AUGUAUAGUUUUUUAAGAAAUUUUUCGGGCAUUUCUUCUAUAAAAACUAAAGAUUAUCACGAAAAGCGUGCACAUUAUUAUAUGAUGUUCAAAGGUAAAUCAGCGAAAUUUUGUCUUACUACUGAAGAUAAUAUUCAUAUAGCAGGCUUACUUAUAGAACGAUCUGCUUCUGAUUCGGUGUUAGUAAUAUGCCAUGGCUAUAAACAAUCAAAAGAACAUUUAUUGGCGUUAGCGGAGUUAUUUCCUGAAUAUACUAUCGUAUUAUUUGAUCUUCGCGCUCAUGGGGAUAGUGGUGGCAAUAAAAUAUCUUUUGGCCAUCAUGAGUAUAAAGAUGUUUGUGCUAUUCUUGAUUUCUUAAAGCAAGACUCACGAUUCAAUAAUAAAAAAUUAUAUGGUUUGGGAAUUUCAAUGGGAGCGGCUUCAAUGGCCCAUGCUGCGUCCAAAUUAGAUGUAUUUGAUGGUUUAAUACUUGAUUCUUGCUUUUCUGUUAUUGAUUUUAAGGUCGUAACUAAAUUUAUUAAAAUACCGUAUUUUCUCUUUAAUGUUGGUAAAUUUUUAUUUAAAAUUAUAUACGAUAUUGAUAUUAAUUCGAUUAAGCCAGGCUUGUAUCUUUCCUCACUGGGUAUUUGUUUGUUAACUAUUUUACAAAAAACACAAUCAUUCAUGAUUUUUUCAAUCUAG